CGGAGUGGUGAAGAGAGAGAGAGCGAGAAGGAGAAGACGAUGGUGAUGCCUUCUUCUCUCUUGCUUCCUUCUGUUUCUCUCUCUAGAGUCCCGACACUGCCACCACCUUCCUUGUCGUCCGCCAACUCUCUCUUCUUCACCAGUGGCAGCGGCGUCUUCCUGAGGAAGAGCGCCACUCUGUCUCUGCGCAGGAAAAAUAGUGGUGGUGCCGGGCUCGAAUGCCACUGCUUGUUCGGGCUCGGGGUCCCCGAGCUCGUCGUCAUUGCGGGGGUUGCGGCACUCGUCUUCGGGCCGAAGAAGCUUCCGGAGAUUGGCCGGAGUAUCGGAAAGACCGUCAGGAGCUUCCAGGAGGCAACAAAAGAGUUCCAGUCUGAACUGAAAAAGGACACGGCUGGUACAGAAGAGACAUUGACAACAGACUCCAAAGCUGAAGAGGAGAAACAGGACGCUAAGAUCCAGUGAAAGUUCACAAACCUUCAGUUGCAAGGAAUGUGUACCUUCACUGAUGAACGGACAUUUGUAUUACUUGCAUUCUUAGGGAAACAUAUUCAGCGUGUUUGUGCUGCUUCUUAAUGAAAAUAUGUAACAUAUUUAGUUC